AAGUAUGGAUUUAAAUCAUCGACUUAUUGAGGCUGUACGACAGUGUCCGCUACUCUACAAAAACAACGUAACCCUAUCAGACCGCAAAUGUGGUUGGCAACAAAUAGCAGAGCAAAUGAAGAUGCGAGAGGCACUUCUGAAAACGCGGUGGCACUUUCUACGUGAACAUUACAAACGCACCACCUUGACGGAAAGUCAACUAAACUCGAGCCAUUUUCCCUACAAAAAAGAAAUGGAGUUCCUAUUGCCAUAUUUGCGUCCGUCACCUAAAGGAGAACAACGAAAUGAAGGUGAACCUUUGCCAGUAAACAUAAUUAAACCAGAAUUUGUUAUAACCGAAAAAGAUCUGGAGAAUGAUAGUGGCAAUGAAGAGUAUGUAUUUCUCGAAGUAGAAGCGCUUGGCUCGGAGUAUGAAACGACCAACGAAGAUGCUCAGCAAAUAAGUGAAAGUGAGCUACGAAAAGAGCUGCAAGAGGAGCUACGAAAAGAGCUGCAAGAAGAUCAACAGGAGGAGGGACAGCAACAGCACGAAGAAGAUGAAAGUGAAGACCUUGGACACCUUGAAUUGGAAGUACAUAUCAAACAAGAGAAACUAGACGAAAUGCCAACGCACAAUGACAAUCCAAAAAUAAUAUUUGUAAAAGAGAAUAGCCAUGAGAAAAUGGAAGCCACUUGCAACAGAAACGGUUCGAAAGAGGACGAAUCAGUGCGAUGUCAAAUACAAGAUGCUGUCGAGGAAAAAAAAGAUAAUAGGGUUGAAGUAAGGGAGGGUGAUAGCAGUAGUGAUAAUCUUGGUGCUGACUGUGUUAAAAAUGAAAAUAACGCUAGUCGAAAUAGCACAUCUGAGGAACGCUGCGAAGAUGCUAUCUUUGGUGAAUUAGUCUCAGCCAUGCUCAAAAAAAUGCCAGCAGAAAAGAAACGCAAUAUCAAGCGGGACAUUAUGAACUUGUUGUUGACAUAAGCGAUAUUAACAGGCGGCACACAAUCAUUUUAUAGGCAUUUAACUUUAAGUUAUUAAAAAAAAUAUACCCUAAAAUAUGUAGUAGAAAUAUGUAGCUUCAAAAAGCAGACUUGUAGGUGUAAUGUGUAUCAACUAUAUAUUUAAACUCAAUUUUAUAUGUUCACAUAAAAUAUAUUUCAUAUUCAUCCAC